GGGAGCCGCAGGAUGUGCUCCCUGGGGUUGUUCCCUCCGCCGCCGCCCAGGGGACAAGUCACCCUAUACGAGCACAAUAACGAGCUGGUGACGGGCAGUAGCUAUGAGAGUCCGCCUCCCGACUUCCGGGGCCAGGUGGUCAGGGCGAGGAGGAAGAGGACCUACAGGCGUGGGGGGCGGAGUCGGAGAAAAAAGGGGAGCAGGGGCAGCGUGACAACGUCGGGGUCGCGGUCCCUAGACUGGAGGAUUGGAAACAGCCUGGCCCAGGCUGGAGAAGAAUAGAAGGGCUGGAAUGUAUUUUAGAGCUGGGGUUGGAGGAUGAGGGAUGCUGAGGAGCUGUGGUGCGGGCCUAGCGGAGAUGGAGAGAGUGAGGGCGAAUCUAGCGGAUGUGAGGGUGCAGGACAGGACUUCAGGAAAGUGGAUCAAUCUUCCUGUCCUAAACCUGACUAAGGAUCCCCUGAAGACCCCUGGGAGGUUGGACCACGGUACAAGAACUGCCUUCAUCCACCACCGGGAGCAAGUGUGGAAGAGAUGCCUCAACAUUUGGCGUGAUGUGGGCCUUUUUGGGGUGCUGAAUGAAAUUGCAAACUCGGAGGAGGAGGUGUUUGAGUGGGUGAAGACGGCGUCCAGCUGGGCCCUGGCACUCUGUCGAUGGGCCUCCUCCCUCCAUGGGUCCCUAUUCCCCCAUCUGUCUCUCAGGAGCGAAGAUCUGAUUGCUGAAUUUGCUCAAGUCACAAAUUGGUCCAGCUGCUGCUUGAGGGUCUUUGCGUGGCACCCUCAUACCAACAAGUUUGCGGUGGCCCUGCUAGAUGACUCAAUCCGUGUAUAUAAUGCCAACAGCACUAUAGUCCCCUCCCUGAAGCACCGGCUGCAGCGAAAUGUGGCGGCCCUGGCCUGGAAGCCCCUCAGUGCCUCCGUCUUGGCUGUGGCCUGUCAGAGCUGCAUUCUCAUCUGGACCCUGGACCCCACAUCCUUGUCUACCCGACCCUCUUCUGGCUGUGCCCACGUGCUCUCUCACCCCGGGCACACGCCCGUCACCAGCGUGGCCUGGGCCCCCGGCGGGGGGCGGCUGCUCUCAGCUUCGCCUGUGGAUGCUGCCGUCCUGGUAUGGGAUGUCUCAACAGAGACCUGUGUUCCCCUUCCCUGGUUUCGGGGAGGUGGAGUUACCAACCUGCUCUGGUCCCCAGAUGGCAGUAAAGUCCUGGCUACCACUCCUUCAGCUGUCUUUCGAGUCUGGGAGGCCCAGAUGUGGACUUGUGAGCGGUGGCCUACCCUAUCAGGGCGAUGUCAGACUGGCUGCUGGAGCCCUGAUGGAAACCGCCUGCUGUUCACUGUGUUGGGGGAACCGCUGAUUUACUCCUUGUCGUUCCCAGAACGUUGUGGUGAGGGAAAGGGGUGUGUUGGAGGCGCAAAGUCAGCUACAAUUGUGGCAGAUCUGUCUGAGACGACAGUACAGACAUCUGAUGGAGAGGAGAGACUUGGGGGAGAGGCUCACUGCAUGGUCUGGGACCCGAGCGGGGAGCGGCUGGCUGUGCUCAUGAAAGGAAAUCCACGGGUCCAGAAUGGUAAACCAGUCAUCCUCCUUUUUCGCACUCGGAACAGCCCUGUGUUUGAGCUACUUCCUUGUGGCAUUAUCCAGGGGGAGCCAGGAGCCCAGGCCCAGCUCAUCGCUUUCCAUCCUUCCUUCAACAAAGGAGCUCUGCUCAGUGUGUGCUGGUCCACAGGCCGCAUCGCCCACAUCCCUCUGUACUUUGUCAAUGCCCAGUUUCCACGUUUUAGCCCAGUGUUUGGCCGAACCCAAGAACCCCCAGCUGGGGGUGGAGGCUCUAUUCAUGAUCUGCCCCUCUUUACUGAGACAUCUCCAACCUCUGCCCCUUGGGACCCUCUCCCAGGGCCACCCCCUGCUCGGCCCCACUCUCCUCACUCCCACUUUCAGUAAUAAAAAGUGUCUUUUUUUGUU